UCUUCGUUGUCCCCACGAGUCCCCAGGAGCUGUGACAGGGAGCGGGAUCCAUCAGGGCUGUUCCAGCACGGCAGGAGGCUCAGGAUGGGGAUGAAGGGGCUCCUGUCCCCUCCGGUGCUGUGGCUGCUGCUCUGGGUGCAGCCGUGCAGGGGGGCUGCAGAGGUGAGGCUGGAGAACGGCAGCGGACGCUGUGCUGGGAGAGUGGAAGUGAAACACGAGGGACAGUGGGGGACCGUGUGUGAUGAUCUCUGGGACAUGGCUGAUGCCGCAGUGGUUUGUAAGCAGCUGAGCUGUGGAGCUGCUCUCGGAGCUCAUAACUAUGCAUACUUUGGACAAGGAUCUGGCCGCAUUUGGAUGGCUGAUGUUCGGUGUGAUGGCACCGAGUCUGCCCUGUCUGACUGUAGGCACAACGGAUGGGGUCGAAAUAGCUGUUCUCACGGAGAGGAUGCUGGAGUGACGUGUUCAGCAGGAAAAGGAAAGCCCAGUGGAACUCGGCACCCUGUGUGGGUGUGUGUGUGAAUGCCCACUCUGCCUCAAGGUCUCUGUUGGUUCCCAGCUUUCUCCUCCCGUGCACACAGGAGCUGAGUGGCAGAGCAAAGGACCAGGUCUCCCUGUGCCAGAGGCACUGAAAGCAGCUCACAUGGCCACCCACAGCCCCAGGGAAGGGGCCAAGGUGGCCAGGGACUGUUGGGUUGUGUCCCCUGGCAGAAACGAGCCCCCAAGGGGCUUCUCAAUGAGGAGGAAUGCUGGGCUUGGGCCGAAGAGCAGGAUGGGCCAUGGCCACCUCAUUCCUCUUCCAGGAUCAUGAACGCAGCUUGCACGGAAACACCCCUAUGACAGCAGCACUGCCCUGCCCAGCCUCUCCUGCCCACCCCAGCCCCUGGCUGCCCUGGGCACAGGGAUCUGCCAGCCCUUGCUGACUCUCCAUGGUGCCUGUCCCUGGACUGGGAGCUUGGGUCAACCCAAGCUGCUCCUCUGCCCCCUCUCCUUCACCCAGACGCUGGCCGGGGCUGUGCCCGCCUGGCAGUGGGCUCUGGCUCUGGCUGAGGACUCUCCCCAGGCAGGCAAUGGAACCUGGGGCUGGUGGGGACAGCAACCACGGGUGCC